GUCUUCAGACAGACAUUACUAGUUGCGCGUUGCGAAGUUUGACGUGCUAGGCAGUGUGUAAUCCGCGGCUUUGAAUAAACGAUUAAUUAUGUUUGCUAUUAAUACAUAUUCAGGACUUAAAAAAUGUCUUGUUCUUCAGCACUACGCAAGUAGUAGUAUGGCUUUGGAAAAACUGAACAGUGUCUGUCAUAUUUCUCCUCAGCAGCAUCGAUUCCAUAAUUUGACAUUCCUCGAACUGGGCAAAAACCAUUGCCUUACAUUAGCUCGCCACGAAAGAGAUUUCCACACCUCCUGCCGAUGUCCUGCUAAAAACCUGAUGAAGAAGUUCAUCAACAAAACGAAGAAGAAACUCUGGUAUGAAACACCCCCACAGGCUAAACCAUCCAGUCAGGUCAUUGCUCUGAAGCCGCAGAAGAAACAGGGACAAGAAGACAACAUGCGCAUCAGAAUCCUCAACUCUAUCCUGUACAAGGCCAUCACUGAUCUGCUGACCUCCCCUGAGGUCAACGCCGAGAUUUACAACUACGGCGUGGAGAUAUCAAGGGUCUCGCUGUCUGCAGACUUCUCCUGUUGUCGGGUGCACUGGAAAACCAGUGGCGUCUCAGAGCAGGAUGGCCAGAUUCAGCAAGCCUUGGACAGGAGUGGCCCUCGUAUAAGGUACCUCAUUAUGACCCAUCAAACUCUCGGUGGCGUUCCUCCUUUGGUUUUCAUCAAAGAUAAAGCAUAUGCAGCCAUGUCCGAGAUUGAACAUCUGCUCCAAAAGGCUGACUUUGGACCUGAAGACAUGGAAGGAAAAGACGGACCAGGAGAACAGCGAGCAGUGGAAGCAGUACCCCUUACCACUCCUAAAAAACCUGUUCUGUUUGGGGUGGAUCAUGAAGCUCUACACAAGCAGAUCCAGGAAUAUAAACUGAGAACCAAAUCCACCGUCACACAGACACCCGAGCUAAAGAGCUCAGAUGACAGCCCAGACACCCCGUUAGCAGACCUGACACGACAGCAGUUGGAGGUUCUGGCAGAGUACAGGAAGAGGAGGAUUAUGGAAAAGAAGAAGAAGUCCAGGCGGCCCAUCGAUGAUGAUAUCACGCCCAAGGAGUACCUGCUGGCCAGACACAGUCAGGGUCAGGAAGGGGAGGAGUGUGAGCAGUUCCAUCUGGAAGACUCCCAGAUCAAGGAACUGAUGGCUGAAGAGAACAAAUCCUCCUAGCACACCUGGAUUAACAGAAAUCUAGUGUUACUAGUGUUACUAAUAACUGAAGUUUGGUUGGUCUUUUCUUCUUUCAGUCUGCUGAUUCCUGUUUGUGUGUGAAUGUUUUGUUCAUAAGCAUGAUUCCUGUUUGUGAAUGAUUCUUCCUUAGGGGUGCAUCUUUUGUGUCUGUGUUGUUUCACGCAGAGGAUUCCACAGGGAACGUUUAGUAAAUGGGUGAAUCGUCAAAUUUCAAUAAACACAUUUGCCAUGA